AUUUAGGAUGAAAAUUUUGUUAGGAGUGUUACUUCUUUUAUAUGUUUCUUAAGCAGAUAAAGGAUUUCUUGAAACAUAGUUCCAAAAAUUUUUGAAAGAAAAAUAGUAUUUAAAUCAAAUAUAUUCACAUUCUUUGGCUUAACAAUUUUUUCAUUAUACUAAAAUAGCCGUUUGUCAUCCAGAAGAAAUAGCUAAGUGGGAUUGUGGUUACUAUUGUUAAUAGCAUCCUGAUAUGAUAGAUGUAUAAGCAUUUGCAGGAAAUUAUUCAAGUUAAGCUUACUGUGGUUAUAAUCAAAAAGAAAAUUACAUAGUAUUGGUUUAUAGAAGUAAAUGAAAUAUUUAAAAUAUCAAUAGGUACCUAAGAUUUAACAAAUUGGAUUAAUAAUAUAAAGUUCUUUAAAUAAUAAUUUGGAGAUUGUAUAGAUUGUGCUGUUCAUCUUGGAUUUUGGGAAACAUAUACAGCAAUCUCAGAUGGAAUGAUUAAUUGCACAAAAACCCUCAAAGAAAAAUAUCCAAAAUCUAAGGUCUUAAUAACUGGUCAUUCUUUAGGAGGGGCUAUUGCAGCAUUAUUGGCAGUUGACGUCACUAGAUUAGGAAUUUAAGUAGAUAACUUUUUUACAUAUGGUGCUCCAAGAGUUGGUAACAUUGAAUUUGCUACUUGGUUUGAAGAUUAUGUAAUACCAAAAGAAUAAUGGAGAGUAACUCAUUAUGCAGAUACUGUUGUACAUACACCUCCUUUAUCGUUCUAUUAUGCUCAUUUACCUUAAGAAGUUUGGUAUAACGAAGAAAAUACAUCUUUCAAAGUUUGUUAAUAAGGGAUUGUUGAAGAUGAUUCAUGUUCUAACAGUCUUUGGACAUAUUAAUAUUCUAUUUCAGAUCAUACAUCUUACUUUAAUGAAUUUUAGGAAUGUAAGACUAAAUUCAUUCAUCAUAAUGAAACUAUGCAUUUUGUUGGUAGACAAACUGAUUAACUUAAUGAGGAAACACAAAAAGUUAAAAAUAUAAAAGAAUGA